ACUCUCACCUCAGCGAGAAUGAAAAUGAACAUCCUGAUAAGUUACUUCUUCGUCUCGCUACUGAAUUUAAAAGACCUUUCACCGGUUGGGAUUAUUCCUACUUUAAAGGUCGUAUGGAAGAGAAACAAGCUGAACUACCUUGGAAUUAUGAAAGUGCUGUUAAAGAAUUAUUACCUAAAUGUACAGGUCUUUUAGAAAUAAAUACUGGUGAGGGUGAUUUUCUUGCUUCGUUAAGCCCACUACCAGAAAACACUUGCGCAACUGAAAAUCGGUUGCCCAACAUUGACGCCGCAAGGCAACGUUUAAAACCACUUGGAGUAACUGUAACAGCUGUCACUGACCAUGAUGUUCGACUCCCACUUAACGAUUGUAGAUUUGAUCUAAUUAUUAACCGUCAUGAAUCUUAUAUCCCUCAUGAAAUUUAUCGACUUCUUAAACCGGAUGGUAUAUUCGUCACACAACAAGUAGGCGAAAAAGAUAGUAUGGAGUUGAACCAAUUAUUGAACGCACCAGAAUAUCUUGGACAUCGUGAAUGGAAUUUAGAACACGCUUGUAUUGAAUUAGAAAAUAAUGGAUUUGAAAUUUUAGUGAAAAAUGAAGCGUUUAUAGAAACAAGAUUUUAUGAUGUUGGUGCGAUCGUGUAUUAUUUGAAGGCUGCUCCUUGGCAAAUUAAAGAUUUCUCUAUUGAAAAAUAUUCUGAACAACUUAUUAAUUUGAAUCAUUUAAUUCAAAAUAAAGGAUAUUUUUCA